CUUUUCUGCUCCAACUCCAAUCCAGAGGUAAACAUGGCGUUGAAGGUAUUGAAGGGGAUGGUGAGCGGAGCUGUUAACGAGCUCUCCUCAGCCGUUACCGGCAACAAGACGGCUGCCUCCCAGGAGCACGUCCUGGCCGUUAAACGCGACUACAUCUCCCAGCCGCGCCUGAGUGAGUUAUUAGUUAUCGUGCCCGGUAAACCGGAGAAUAACGCAGGAACGGCGGUGCUAGCCAGACAGCCCGAUAGGAGAUAACGUUGCGCAGUCUGCGGCAAGUGAUGAUGACUAGUAGUAGUAUUCAGGGAAGUCGAUUCCUAAUGAAACUAAUUUGUAUCAUAUGUUUGCUGAGAAAUAUACGUUUAUCAUAUCCUAAUGAAUUAAAAUAAAUCGAAUUUCACCAUCACCCCCUCAAAAUGUUUUGCAGCAGUUGCAUGACUUGCAGGUUCUUACUACAACGGGUGUGGGUAGUGUGUGACUAACUAUGUUCUCUGUCUGUAGCCUAUAAGACAGUGUCUGGAGUCAACGGACCUCUCGUGAUUCUGGACCAGGUGAAGGUGAGAGAUCACAGAUUAGUACAUCUUCAAAUCAACAUGUUGUAUUAAAACACAGCCAGUCUCUGACCAGCGGACAUGUUAUUCAGUUUCCCAGGUGUGAUGAAAUUAUCCUCAUGACCCUGUGUGUGUGUGUGUGUGUGAGACAGUUCCCCAGGUAUGCAGAGAUCGUCCACCUGACCCUGCCAGAUGGAACCAAGAGGAGUGGCCAGGUGUUGGAGGUUACAGGUUCUAAAGCUGUGGUGCAGGUCAGUGUGUAUGUGUUUGUGUGUGACUUGCCCAUCAUGUCUCAAAAUCCUACAACGCAAGAGCCCUGUAUUAACUGUCCUCUCGCAUAUGUGUGUGAAUGUGUGUAGGUGUUUGAGGGGACAUCAGGUAUUGAUGCUAAGAAGACCAGCUGUGAGUUUACAGGAGACAUCCUACGCACCCCUGUCUCUGAAGAUAUGCUGGGUAUGGGACUUAGGGACUGUACGUUAUUUAUAAAGAGGGAUACCUGGAGAAAAUUUGACCUCUGGAUGGCCAACCCAUCAGUAAAAUAUAUUUUUACCCAACCUUCCCAUAACGCUUAAAAAAAACAAGUGACCCUCCCCUAUACCCAAAAUAGUAAUAAAAACCAAGUGGAUAGCAGAGAACAUGCCUAUCAUUUACACUCCCUCCUAGGACAGACCAGAGCCUUAGAUGUGCAGUUUUAGAAACUGUUCUUAGUUUUGUAAGCAUUACAUGGCAACGUAGCCAGAAGGUUGUGGAUUCACAGACCACCGCGGACAAGGGUAGGGGUGCAAAUAUCUCCAUUAUUAUAAAAGCACUGCAUGAAUCUAUCAUCUUAUCCUUUUAUGAAUGCAUUUCAUGCAAUUCUAUGUUAUUUUACAUGACUGGAGACAAGCAGAAUCUGUUUUUUAAUACCACAACAGAGCAUGACAACGAAUAAGCGCAUGCUGCAGCAACAGACAUGUUUGAUUUCUAUACAGGCUAUUGUUAAAAAAAUAGGAUAGUCUAAGUUUGGAACAGUGGUAAAGUUGUCUAUCAACUGUAAAAAUUGAGCACAACAGAACCAAUUACAACUAAAGUAUUUGAUCAUCAUCAAUUAACUUUGUUUAGGGCCUCCCGUGUGUCGCAGCCAGCGGUGACCGGGAGACCCAUGAGGCGGUGCACAUUUGGCCAAGCGUCGUCCGAGUUAGGGGAGGGUUUGGCCGGCCGGGAUGUCCUUGUCUCAUUGCGCUCUAACAACUCCUUGUGGCGUGCCGGGCGCAUAUGCAUGCUGACUUCGGUUGCCAGUUGUACGGUGUUUCCUCCGACACAUUGGUGCGAGUAGUGUGUCAAGAAGCAGUGCGCCUUGGCAGGGUUGUGUUUCGGAGGAGGCAUGGCUCUCGACCUUCGCCUCUCCCGAGUCCGUACGGCAGUUGCAGCGAUGGGACAGGACUGUAACUACCAAUUGGAUAUCACAAAAAGGGGUAAAAAGUGCAAAAUAAAAAGUAAUUUGUUUUUUAACACAGCAGCCGCAAAUCAUCAGGUAGGCACUUGCAACUUUUUUUCAUUUGGGAAACUAUAAUUUUCUAAUUUAUUCUAUUUUAUUCCAUGAUAAUGUUGUUCCAAAAUAGAUUUGUGUUGACUGUGAUUAGGGCAUGGGAAUAUAGGCUAAAUUAACAUGCAUAGCUCACUGCAUGAUCCUCAAACCAAAGACUGGCCAAACUCGUCUUUCUAAAAGUGAAUUCAAAGGCACUGUAGAAUGACUUUAUUGCCUAAUAAGACAUUUUUCAUUUCAUUAUUAUUUAAUUUGAAGUAAUUAUUUAAAAUGUGAAAUUCAUAGGCAUGUUGUUAAAGUGCUGUUGUUGAUGUGUUGUUGAAAUGCUGAGCGCUCCUGCCAGCCUGUAGUGUGUAACAAAUGCGUCACAAUUGAUUUCUUAAAUGGCAGGAUAUAGCCUUGAAAUAAUAAUAAUAUAGCCUAAAUAAUACAGUUUUGUUCCUUCUUAGGCUACCUGGCUUGCUCCUGACUGAUUUACAGUUAGUAUGUUGUUUAAUAGCCUGUUGAAAUGUUGAAAGUCAAUUGAUAGUGACAGAAUCACACAUUAGUUCAGAAGAAAAGUAAAUUGUUUUGUCUCCUCAGCCCCACUAGAGAUCCUGGUUCGAAUCCAGGCUCUGUCGCAGCCGGCUGCGACCGGGAGACUCAUGGGCGGCGCACAAUUGGCCCAGCGUCGUCCAGGGUAGGGGAGGGAAUGGCCGGCAGGGAUGUAGCUCAGUUGAUAGAGCAUGGCGUUUGCAACGCCAGGGUUGUGGGUUCAUUUCCCACGGGGGGCCAGUAUAAAAAAAUAAAAAUAUGUAUUCACUAACUGUAAGUCGCUCUGGAUAAGAGCGUCUGCUAAAUGACGUAAAUGUAAAUGUAAAUGUCUAUAAAAGGUUCUAGCGCAGCCUCUGAAUAUCAUAAAGUCAAACCAAAGAUAUUCCAUAUGCAUUGGAGUCACGUCUUUCCCCAUUAUUUUACAGCUUGUUUCUAGCAUAAAGCAAGCUUAGUUAUAGAUCGCUUUACAUAAUCAGGUCCAUUUGAACAUUUUUAAGCUAACAAGAGGUAAUCCUAUGCUUUUAGCCAUUUUCUUUAACAAAAGCCACAAUACCCUCACAUACCCCCUCAAUUCUAGCCCUGAUUUUAACUUAACACACCAAGCCAUUCAAGUUUCACGGACACUAGCUAGGUUUUCAUCCAAUUGGCGACAGAUUUUCAUGCGAAUAUUCUAUACUGAACAAAAAUAUAAAUGCAACAUGUAACGUGUUGGUCCUAUGUUUCAUGAGCUGAAAUAAAAGAUCCCAGAAAUUUUCCAUGUGCACAAAAAGCUUAUUUCUCUCACAUUUGGUGCACAAAUGUGUUUACAUCCCUGUUAGUGAGCAUUUCUCCUUUGCCAAGCUAAUCCAUCCACCUGACAGGUGUGGCAUAUCAAUAAGCUGAUGAAACCGAAUGAUCAUUACACAGGUGCACCUUGUGCUGGGGACAAUCAAAGGCCACUCUAAAAUGUGUAGGUUUGUCACACAACACAAUGCCACAGAUGUCUCAAGUUUUGAGGGAGCAUGCAAUUAGCAUGCUGACUGCAGGAAUGGCCAGCAGAGCUGUUGCCAAAUAAUUAAAUGUUCAUUUCUAUACCAUAAGCCGCCUCCAACAUCGUUUUAGAGAAUUUGGCAGUACAUCCAACCUGCCUCACAACCGCAGACCACGUGUAACCAUGCCAGCCUUGGACCUCCACAUCUGUCUUAUUCACCUGCGGGAUCGUCUGAGACCACCCGCCCGGACAGCUGAUGAAACUGUGGGUUUACACAACCAAAUAAUUUCUGCACAAACUGUCAGAAACCGUCUCAGGGAAGCUCAUCUGCGUGCUCGUCGUCCUCACCAGGUUCUUGACCUGACUGCAGUUCGGCGUCAUAUCCGACUUCAGUGUGCAAAUGCUCACCUUCGAUGGCCAAUGGCUCGCUGGAGAAAUGUGCUCUUCACGGAUGAAUCCCGGUUUCAACUGUACCGGGCAGAUGGCAGACAGCGUAGCGUGUAUGGCGUUGUGUGGGCGAGCGGUUUGCUGAUGUCAACGUUGUGAACAGAGUGCCCCAUGGUGGUGGUGGGGUUAUGUUAUGGGCAGGCAUAAGCUACAGACAACGAACACAACUGCAUUUUAUCGAUGGCAAUUCGAAUGCACAGAGAUAUCGUGACGAGAUCCUGAGGCCCAUUGUCGUGCCAUUCAUCCUCCGCCAUCACCUCAUGUUUCAGCAUGAUAAUGCACGGCACCAUGUCGCAAGGAUCUGUACACAAUUCCUGGAAGCUGAAAAUGGCCCAGUUCUUCCAUGGGCUGCAUACUCACCAGACAUGUCACCCAUUAAGCAUGUUUGGGAUGUUCUGGAUCGACAUGUACGACAGCGUGUUCCAGUUCCCGACCAUAUAUCCAUAUCCAGCAACUUCGCAUAGCCAUUGAAGAGGAGUGGGACAACAUUCCAAAGGCCACAAUCAACAGCCUGAUCAACUCUAUGCGAAGGAGAUGUGUUGCACUGCAUGAGGCAAAUGGUGGUCACACCAGAUACUGACUGGUUUUCUGAUCAACUCCCCUACCUUUUUUUAAGGUAUCUGUAACCAACAUAUGCAUAUCUGUAUUCCCGGUCAUGUGAAAUCCAUAGAUAAGGGCCUAAUGAAUUUAUUUCAAUUGACGGAUUUCCUCAUAUGAACUGUAACUGAGUAAAAUCUUUGAAAAUGUUGCAUGUUGUGUAUAUAUUUUUGUUCAUUGAAAUAUUAGCAUUUUCCCACCUGUGGUAUGUUUCCACCAAUGGACUUGUUGCGGAUAAAAAUCAGUGCUUGAUGACGUACUGCAUACAAAAUAUACUUUUUCGUAAAAAAUCUAAAGUUCAAUGUGUUUCCAUCGCAUUUUCAACUCUACUGAUAGUUUUGUCACAAAAACUGUUGCGUUAAAUAGCAGAUGUGCCUACUCUGGUCUUGGCACCUGCGCUCUAGCCAACAGCUUACAGAUACAGUGUAGGUAGCUGUGCUGGUUGUCUAGUCUACAUGAUGAGAUUAUUAUGGAUAAGAGCGAGAGUAUUUGUAUUUAUCAGACGGCAGUAAAGCAUCGAUCAUCAUGUCACCAGAAUAAGACCCUCGAUAUUUAUUGCAAAGCAACAUCAAGCUCAUCACCGUGCACUUUCACCACCCUGUGAAGUCCAUCAUAAUUGAUUUAAUCUGUAGCCUAAUAAACUGCAUGCUGUCCCGAGGCGUAGUGGGAGGACCACACACCAUAUCAUUGCGUGACUCCAAAUGUACUUUGAUAUGAUGGUUAUUAUUUCAAUAUUUGCGCAUAAAAGUGUUUCCACUUCCAUUUCCCACAUAAUUCAUUUUAAUAGGCACAAAAAGAUUCCAUCAUGUCGAACAAACAAAUUAUGUUGCGAUUUCUUUUCUUCUCUCGCAUAAGAACUGUGGAUGGAAACAUGGUUACUGAGAUAUUUAAAGAGUGCAUGAUGACUGAAGGAAUUGACGGACAAAAUCUAUGGAUAGUAGACUAUAACUUUGUCUGUCAAACAGGUAGGCUUACCUCUUAUUCAUUGAAUAGGAAGAAAUAGGAUCCAACACAAAGCCCCUCUUGUUGUUAGUAGCCAAAAAUCGAAUUAAAAUGAAUGAAUUAGGCCUUCUGCAAUCAGCCUACUUUCAGCAUCCAUUGCUUGUCCUUCUCAACGACUGCCGCUUCAUAGUAAUGUACAAUAAGUUAUGUAAAUUACUCGAAUAUGGCUUAUUGUGAGGUCAAUAACGCUAGUAAAUAGCUUCAUUAUGGGCAAUGAGACAUAUUGUUUUUAUUCAUAUCAAUUAUAGCAGUAGCAAGCUUACCUCCGGUCCUCCUUCUCAUCUUCUCGUCUUUGCACUCUCUCUUUCAAACUGAACAUUUUGGACAAAUACAACAUUCUUUUUCGGAAGAAGCCUUUGACUCGCAUCCUGAAUUGCCACUGGUGCACAGCACAGCCAUUGGUUAGGCAGCACAAAAGGGUUUACAUCAGCAAGAGCACUGCAGGCCAGGGCUUAUGAUUGGGAUCGCCUAUCCACUGCAGUGUGUAAUGCAGUGUAGCCUCGUUUUAUAUACACUUUUUAUAUACACUUUUUUUUACACCAUCCCAGCAGCGCAAAAACUUGGGAAGGAAGUACAUUUUCUUCGAAAUAUAACUAUCCCCAGUGCUUCUCCGAGCAUGCUCUUCAUAUAGCCUAAGCCUAUAGCAUAGGCUAUGGAUCAUUUGAUUGAGACCACACUAGGCACACUUGAUAUUGCACGCCCAGCAGAGAAUCAGCUAUGAGGGGCAGCAUCGGGCACACAUCGAGAUAUAAUAAAACGACAUGUAAUCGAUUACAAAUUACAUGACCCUCCCCUGGACUAAAUACAAAAAUACUAAGCCCUCCCCCUGAUUGAAAUUGAAAAAAAAGCAUGACCCUCCCCAUUUUCCUCCGGUUAACAAUUGUGUACAUGUUGACCUCUCCCUCACUGUAUUUUUUUUUUUUUGUAUACACACAUACAGUAACACAUGUUAAGAACAGUCAAUCUGAAUCUGUUUGCAGGUCGCGUGUUUAAUGGAUCAGGCAAGCCCAUCGACAAAGGCCCAACAGUGAUGGCAGAAGACUACCUGGACAUCAUGGGUACACAUCUAGAGUUAUAGAUUGAGAGAUUAAUAUAAAGAUAGUGUUGUUUCUACCCUGAGGAGAUGAUAACGUGUUUGUGUUUGUGUGGUGUGUGUGUGUGUGUUAACUUGUUUGUUUGUGUGUGGACGCGCACGCAUGUGUGUCCAGGCCAGCCUAUCAACCCUCAGUGUCGUAUCUACCCGGAGGAGAUGAUCCAGACAGGGAUCUCUGCUAUAGAUGGCAUGAACAGCAUCGCUAGGGGGCAGAAAAUACCCAUCUUCUCUGCUGCAGGACUACCACACAACGAGGUACGCACACACACUACCUCCGUUAACCCCCAUCCUCAGCAUUAAGAGCUGUUUGAAUGGCCUGGCAAUUUGUGUGAAGGUAUUGAAGUAGCACAUCCAUAGGGUCUAGUGCUGAUUAAAUCCACUAAUUAAAUUGAUUCAUUAAUUUGUAUAAUUUUAUUUUAAUUAGUUCAGUUUGAUUAAAUGGGAAAUGAGCUUUGAGGCUCUCCUCGAAGGAAGGAAACAGUCGUUUUUUCAUAUCCUGCAACGUGUUUCUCUCUUUCGCCACAUCUCUUCCCCGCUGUCUCUCUCUCUCUCUCUCUCUCUCUCUCUCUCUCUCUCUCUCUCUCUCUCUCUCUCUCUCUCUCUCUCUCUCUCUCUCUCUCUCUCUCUCUCUCUCUCUCUAGAUAGCGGCUCAGAUCUGUCGUCAGGCAGGCCUGGUGAGGAAGUCUAAAGAUGUGAUGGACUACAGUGAUGACAACUUCGCUAUUGUCUUCGCCGCAAUGGGGGUGAGACACACGCACACACGCACAUGGUUACACGCACACGUGGCCCCUUACAGGGCCAAUCAGCAGUUGAAACAAUAACAAAGUGGACACCCCGCCUCUGUUUUGGUAAAAAGCUGAGGGAUAGGCCUGGAGAAAUAUAUACACUCUCAAAUAGACAGAGUAAUGGAUGCAAGUUCUCAUUUACAACUGCGACCUGGCCAAGAUAAAGCAAAGCAGUCUCCCUCAAACCAUUAAAACUCAUGGUACCCUUCGCCAACUCAUACAGUGAGGGGAAAAAAGUAUUUGAUCCCUUGCUGAUUUUGUAAGUUUGCCCACUGACAAAGAAAUGAUCAGUCUAUAAUUUUAAUGGUAUGUUUAUUUGAACAGUGAGAGACAGAAUAACAACAAAAAAAUCCAGAAAGACGCAUGUCAAAAAUGUUAUAACUUGAUUUGCAUUUUAAUGAGGGAAAUAAGUAUUUGACCCCCUCUCAAUCAGAAAUAUUUCUGGCUCCCAGGUGUCUUUUAUACAGGUAACGAGCUGAGAUUAAGAGCACACUCUUAAAGGGAGUGCUCCUAAUCUCAGUUUGUUACCUGUAUAAAAGACACCUGUCCACAGAAGCAAUCAAUCAAUCAGAUUUCAUACUCUCCACCAUGGCCAAGACCAAAGAGCUCUCCAAUGAUGUCAGGGACAAGAUUGUAGACCUACACAAGGCUGGAAUGGGCUACAAGAUAUUCACCAAGCAGCUUGGUGAGAAGGUGACAACAGUUGGUGCGAUUAUUCGCAAAUGGAAGAAACACAAAAGAACUGUCAAUCUCCCUCAGCCUGGGGCUCCGUGCAAGAUCUCACCUCGUGGAGUUGCAAUGAUCAUGAGAACGUUGAGGAAUCAGCCCAGAACUACACGGGAGGAUCUUGUCAAUGAUCUCAAGGCAGCUGGGACCAUAGUCACCAAGAAAACAAUUGGUAACACACUACGCCGUGAAGGACUGAAAUCCUGCAGCGCCCGCAAGGUCCCCCUGCUCAAGAAAGCACAUAUACAGGCCCGUCUGAAGUUUGCCAGUGAACAUCUGAAUGAUUCAGAGGAGAACUGGGUGAAAGUGUUAUGGUCAGAUGAGACCAAAAUGGAGCUCUUUGGCAUCAACUCAACUCGCCGUGUUUGGAGGAGUAGGAAUGCUGCCUCUGACCCCAAGAACACCAUCCCCACCGUCAAACAUGGAGGCGGAAACAUUAUGCUUUGGGGGUGUUUUUCUGCUAAGGGGACAGGACAACUUCACCGCAUCAAAGGGACGAUGGACGGGGCCAUGUACCGUCAAAUCUUGGGUGAGAACCUCCUUCCCUCAGCCAGGGCAUUGAACAUGGGUUGUGGAUGGGUAUUCCAAGCAUGACAAUGACCCAAAACACACGGCCAAGGCAACAAAGGAGUGGCUCAAGAAGAAGCACAUUAAGGUCCUGGAGUGGCCUAGCCAGUCUCCAGACCUUAAUCCCAUAGAAAAUCUGUGGAGGGAGCUGAAGGUUCGAGUUGCCAAACGUCAGGCUCGAAACCCUAAUGACUUGGAGAAGAUCUGCAAAGAGGGGUGGGACAAAAUCCCUCCUGAGAUAUGUGCAAACCUGGUGGCCAACUACAAGAAAUGUCUGACCUCUGUGAUUGCCAACAAGGAUUUGGGUUCCUUCAUUAACCCCCGCUCCUUCUGCUGCCUAACCAGCUCCUCUCGCCGUGCCUCUACACUUUCCUUCUGUUCCCUCUGAACCAAUGACCCCCUUAAUCUGGCGGCCUCCUCUGCAAAACGGCUGAACCGCUCUAUCGCGGCCUCCUGCUGCCUCAUCGUCCACGGCGUGAGCCCCCCCCCCCUAAAAAAUGUUUGGGCUUGUCUCUCCCCUGUGAUCAUGGCCUCCAUCCCUCUUGCCAGACUCUCGCUCAUCUCCUCCCAAGUCCAUCCUCUGUCCUCGUCACGCUGCUUGAUCCAGGAUUGGUGGGAUCUUCUGUCACGAUCGUUUACGGACGAGAAGGACCAAGGCACAGCGUGAUAUGCAUUCAUAUUUAUUAAUGACUAAACACACGACAAAACAACAAACGAAACGUGAAGUCCAAGGUAGACAAAUAACAUACCUCACACGGAACAAGAUCCCACACCCCACUAGUGCCAACAGGCUACCUAAGUAUGGUCCCCAAUCAGAGACAACGAGCUACAGCUGCCUCUGAUUGGGAACCACCCUGGCCAACAUAGAUCUAAACGAUCUAGAAACUAACAUAGACAAACCAACACAGAAAAUACACACCCUGACUCAACAAAUACAAGUCCCUAGAGUCAGGGCGUGACAGCGUUGGACCUUUAUGUGUUUGCAUUUCUUUACCAGUCAGUUCAAAUCAAUGUUUCUUAUAUAUAUAUAUAUAUAUAUAUAUAUAUAUAUAUAUAUAUAUAUAUAUUAGGGGUGUAACGAUCCAUCUACUACAUCGAUGUAUCGAUUUAUAUUCCUAUGAUCCAACUACAUCGAUCUGUGCUCGGCGAGUUGGCCUUUUGGACAACAUAUAUCAAUCUAACAUCGUUUUAAAAUGUAAUAAAUCGAUUGUAUCAAUACUAGGAAAUAACCCAUUGGAUUUAAGCACGUCAGACUUUAUAUGGAUGUUUUUUCUUAGCACUUUUAAUGAUAAAGGCUUUAAACAUUACUCGAUUCAGUCUGCCUAUCCGUGACGUCAUCGCCCCGCGCCAGCAGCAGCGCAAAGGCGCAAAGACAACAAAACAUAGCAUGGCGGACGACAGAGGAGAAGCCGACGAGCGAGAAAUUAUCAAGCCACCAUUGCGGUCCUUACAAGAAACAGGAAUCUAGGAAACUUCACCUGCACUGUCCAGUAUCCAGGUAUUUAUUUCAGUCACACUGGUUGAAUUUUUGGCUAAAAGGUUACUGAAUCGAUUUCAAGUCACUGAAUCGUUUCGGAUCGUAUCGUUCUAAAUGAACCAAUAUUGUUACUGAAUCGUAUCGACAACCACGAAUCGUGAUACAAAUCGAAUCGUUGUUCAAACGAAUCGUUACACCCCUAGUAUAUACUGAACAAAAAUAUAAAUGCAACAUGUAAAGUGUUGGUCUGAUGUUUCAUGAGCUGAAGUAAAAGAUCCCAGAAAUCUUCCAUACGCACAAAAAGCUUAUUUCGCCCAGAUUUGUGCCCACAUUUGUUUACAUCCCUGUUUGUAUGAAAAUGUAUGCACUCACUACUGUAAGUCGCUCUGGAUAAGAGCGUCUGCUAAAUGACUAAAAUGUCAAAUGUUAGUGAGCAUUUUAUCCUUUGUCAAGAUAGUCCAUCCACCUGACAGGUGUGGCAUAUCAAGAAGCUGAUUAAACAGAAUGAUCAUUACACAGGUGCACCUUGUGCUGGGGACAAUAAAAGGCCACUCUAAAAUGUGUAGUUUUGUCACACAACACAAUGCCACAGAUGUCUCAAGUUUUGAGGGAGCAGGCAAUUGGCAUGCUGACUGCAGGAAUGUCCACCAGAGCUGUUGCCAGAUAAUUUAAUGUUAAUUUCUAUACCAUAAGCCGCCUCCAACGUCGUUUUAGAGAAUUUGGCAGUACGUCCAACCGGCCUCACAACCGCAGACCACGUGUAACCACGCCAGCCUAGGACCUCCACAUCCGGCUUCUUCACCGGAGGGAUUGUCUGAGGGAAAACUCAUUCUGAUUGGCUGAGCCUGACGUGCCAUGCAUCAAGCACACACAUCUCAUUAGUGGUGGUGUCAUAAUGGUGCUUUCAAGACAACUGGGAACUCGGAAUAAAACGAGGUCAAACCAUGACGUCAGUGAUCUUCAGGUUGGAAAGUCGGAGCUUUAGAAAGAGGCCCAAGUUCCCGACUUGGAAUUCUGAGUUGGAUGACCAUUGAAAAAUGAGUUGUCCCAGUCUGAGCUAGUUUUUUUUCGAAGUUCCCAGUUGUCUUGAACUCCCUGAAGUCGGAAGUCAGAGAUUUCCAAGUUCCCAGUUGUUUUGAACACGGUAUUAGAGACAUUAUGUCAGACUAAUUUGCAAUUUACCGUCAUAGCCCCAAAUAAAAAAGUAAACAUUGUCUGUUAAUUAUAUAAUUUUUUCCACAUCGUUGGGGUCACGAGAAAUUUCACAUAUGAAAGUGGGGUCGUGGAGGAAAAAAGUUUCGGAACCCCUGCUUUAAAGCUAGAAUCCUUAGUUGCUACAUCCAUUUUUGGACAUAUAAAUUAAUGAUAUAUGGCCAUUGAUUUUUUCACAAGCUUAGUUCAACUGUCGUACCCCAUCAGAACCCAAAAUAUAAGCUUGUUAUACUCCAAUGUUUAUAAACAAAGUCAAUAUAAACAAGCCUUGUAUAACCUCAAAACAUGGUUAAAACCAUUAUUUUAAUAUCAUGGAUGGUCAGUCCUUGCAUACAUAGCUCUCAUUUUGAAUGUGAGAGUGGUUACAUUUCUCCAGGCCCAUCCCUCAGCUUUAUACCAAAACACAGGCGGGGUUGUAGGCUCGGCCCUAAUGCAACUUUCUACAGUAUCCAGAGGACUGACUAUUGAAUGUGUGAUGGAAUAAUGCUAUAGUAUUCAUGUUUGGUAUCUAUCUGAAACUUGUUCACUGAGGAUAACUCUGGUGCUAUCUAUAUGGAUGUAUGAUCUCUGUUGUAACUUGUAUCUGUACAGGAUUAACUAUAAAUUACUCUAUGCAAAGGAGUUUUAUUGUCCUCUCAGGAAUUCUGUCAUAUUUACUUUGGUCUCAUCCCUCACACAAGCCUUUAGAUGCUGUGACACCCUGUGGAGAUUCGGCCUAAAUUAUCAGGUUACUGUAAACUUGGUAUCGUUUGAUUGGACAAUGGUGGUUGGUUUUACACCUUCAGAUGUUAUAAAUGAAAUGAAGGUCUGUUGUUCUCUCUCUUAUCCUGUAUCCUGUCAAUUGGAAGGUUCUAUGAUCAAUUCCCAUUUUCUAGUUCUCUGGCCUAGAAGGCAUCUCUUUGUUCAUGCUUUGUUUUGUAUGUUAACCUGAGGAUCUACACUACUGGUCAAACAUUUUAGAACACCUACUCAUUCAAGGGUUUUUCUUUAUUUUUUACUAUUUUCUACAUUGUGGGAACUCCUUCGAGACUGUUGGAAAAGCAUUCCAGGUGAAGCUGGUUGAGAGAAUGCCAAGAGUGUACAAAGCUGUCAUCAAGGCAAAGGGUGGCUAUUUGAAGAAUCUCAAAUAUGAAAUAUAUUAAGAUUUGUUUAACACUUUUCUGGUUACUACAUGAUUCCAUAGGUGGUAUUUCAUAGUUUUGAUGUCUUCACUAUUAUUCUACAAUGUAGAAAAUAGUAAAAAUUAAGAAAAACCCUAUAAUGAGUAGGUGUGUCCAAACUUUUGACUGGUAGUGUAUAUGCUUACAAUGAUGCUUUGUUAAUGUCAGUAUUGCCUUGUAACUUAAGUUUUAUGCCUUGUAUGUGAAUCCAUUUGUUUUGCGAAGUUAUGAAAUGAUGCUUGCUUUGAUAUUCACUUCUCAUGCUCAUUCCUUGAUCUCAGUUAGCUAAAUGAAUAAUAUUUGAUUGCACGUGGUUUUAUUAUAAUGUUAAAUAGAGCCAGAUAAAGAUAACAAUUUGAAUAGGCUAAUUGCAUAGUCUUAUUACGAGUCGCAUGUGAGGUACACUAUAUAUAGCUAUUUCAGCCACACCAGUUGCUGACAGGUGUAUAAAACCGAGCACACAGCUAUGCAAUCUCCAUAGACAAACCUUGGCAGUAGAAUGGCCUUACUGAAGAGCUCAGUGACUUUCAAAGUGGCACCGUCAUAGGAUGCCACCUUUCCAACAAGUCAGUUCGUCAAAUUUCUGCCAUGCUAGAGCUUCCCCGGUCAACUGUAAGUGCUGUUAUUGUGAAGUGGAAAUGUCUAGGAGCAACAAUGGCUCAGCCGCAAAGUGGUAGGCCACACAAGCUCAUAGAAUGGGACCGCCGAGUGCUGAAGCACGUACCGGGUAAAAAUCGUCUGUCCUCGGUUGCGACAUUCACUACCGAGUUCCAAACUGCCUCUGAAAGCAACAUCAGCACAAUAACUGUUCGUCGGGAGCUUUAUGAUAUGGGUUUCCAGGGCCGAGCAGCCGCACACAAGCCUAAGAUCACCAUGCGCAAUGCCAAGCGUCGGCUGGAGUGGUGUAAAGCUCGCCGCCAUUGGACUCUGGAGCAGUGGAAACGCGUUAUCUGGAGUGAUUAAUCACGCUUCACCAUCUGGCAGUCUGACGGACUUAUCUGGGUUUGGUGGAUGCCAGGAGAAAACUACCUGCCCCAAUGCCUAGUGCAAUUGUAAAGCUUGGUGGAGGAGGAAUAAUGGUCUGGGGCUGUUUUUCAUGGUUCGGGCUAGGCCCCUUAGUUCCAGGGAAGGGAAAUAUUAACGCUACAGCAUACAACAACAUUUUAGACGAUUCUGUGCUUCCAACUCUGUGGCAACAGUUUGGGGAAGGCCUUUCCUGUUUCAGCAGGACAAUGCCCCCGUGCACAAAGCGAGGUCCAUACAGAAAUUGGUUUGUUGUGAUCGGUGUGGAAGAACUUGACUGGCCUGCACAGAACCCUGACCUCAACCCCAUCGAACACCUUUGGGAUAAAUUGGAACACCGACUGCGAGCCAGGCCUAAUCGCCCAACAUCAGUGCCCGAUCUCAGUAAUGCUCUUGUGGCUGAAUGGAAGCAAGUCCCAGCAGCAAUGUUCCAAGAUCUAGUUGAAAGCCUUCCCAGAAGAGUGGAGGCUGUUAUAGCAGCAAAGUGGGGACCAACUCCAUAUUAAUGCCCAUGAUUUUGGAAUGAGAUGUUUGACGAGCAGGUGUCCACAUACUUUUGUUCAUGUAGUGUAUAUAUAAUAUACACAUAUCAAAUAUUACCCCACUACAGGGUGACCGCUUUGUUAUUGUUUCAAUGAAGGAUUCCAGAUUUAACCUUUGACCUCUAACCCUUUACCCCAGGUCAACAUGGAGACAGCUCGGUUCUUCAAGUCAGACUUUGAGGAGAAUGGUUCCAUGGACAACGUCUGUCUGUUCCUCAACCUGGCCAAUGACCCCACGUAGGUCACUUCUAACCUUUAAACUCUACCCUCAUCUCACCUGCUCCUCAACCUGCCCAAUUAACCUUCAUUGCAGGGUUUUCGUUAGCCGGUAAAUGCCUGUUUUUGGCCAAUAAAAAAAAUUAGUAGCUGAUAAAUAAAAUUGUUGCCAGCCUAAUUGACCGGGAGAAAAAACAAUCCCAUUGCAAAAUAAUGCUUUUUAUUCAUUGAUGGAAAUAUCAGUUGAUGUAAAUACAGUUGACAGACAUACUUAUUUGUUUAUAGGUUAAUUAGCUACAUUUAGUGUAUUUUCGUUAGUCAUCAUGUAUCUUCUUUAUCACACGUCACAGCAUACAGAGCUUAUUUUGAGCGGAAGAGCUGAUGCUGCAACUCCUCAGCAAGUUGCUGCUGGAGUGAAACAUGCUUUUAUAAGCCCAGUCAUUGUGCAACAAUUCUAAAUGCAAUUGCGUUUUAAUGGCCUCCCAUUUGCCAUUCAGUUCAUAGGCAACAGUAGGCAGGGUAUCCAACUAGCUCUCACAGUGUCACUUCAGAAUUAGACGUUCAUCCAUGUUUCUCAAAUGUCACAUUUCUAAGUUGUUGCAAACGUAAAAUGUUUAAGUGUUUAGGUUAAGUUUAGGCAUUAACUCAGAAUGGUUAAGGUAAGGUUUGGGAUAGGCUUAAAACAAAUAACUUUCUAUCGCUGGAUUUGAACUUGCCAUCUUUGGAAUCAGGGGCAGAUGUUUACACCCAUCCGCCAUCCCCAUCCACAAUGACCUAGCCAAACUGAAACCUACUUGAAGGUAACAGUGCUCGCUUUUGCCCCUACGUCCUCAGACAUAGAUGAAUGUCGAAUACUGACUUGUAUCAUGGGUGACCUGGCUGGGGUAUCAGCGCCUCAAGCACCACUUUGCCUUGCUUCGAAGUAGCCUAGGCAAAAUCUGACCCUAGAAACGUGGAGGCAAUUAUUUUAUAAACACUUCCUCAUAUGCCACUGAAACCAGCAUUUCUUUCCUGCUCUUUUCACAUCAACUUUCUUUCGUUGUCCAGAUGCCAAAGGCACAAUCCUAGUCAUAUUAGCAACCUUGUUGUUGCAUCUUUAUAGUCCCCCUCUUUCCAAGUGUCUAACAGAGAUUUUCAUCUCUGUCACAUAUGGAACCAAUUGUAUCAGGUGCAGGUAGCCUAGUGGUUAAGAGCAUUGUGCCAGUAACGGAAAGGUCGCUGGUUCGAAUCCCUGAGCCGUCCAGGUGAAAAAUCUGUCGAUGUGCCCUUGAGCAAGGCACUUAACACUAAUUUAUCCUAUAAGUCGCUCUUGAAAUGAGCGUCUGCUUAAUGACUAAAAUGUUUAGAAUGGUGUUUUCCUGCUAAUUGCAUUUUGGCAAAUGUUUGAAAAUGAUGUUUUAUUGGCUGCUUCAUUACAGGAGUUGCAUGUUCUGUUAAAAUGAACUACCAUAAUCGAAAUGUGAUUUCUGUCAUUCUGAGCACUGUGGGUACCCCCUAAUGCAGGGGACGGCAACAGGCGUUUUUGGUUAAAGAAAAAGACUGUAUAAUUACCAGGAAUUCAUCAAAAAAUGUGUUACAUUUUGUAUUCCCACGAAUAAAAAAAGAUACAUAUAUAAUCGUGUCUCAAUGUAAUCAAGGUAUGAAAUUAUUGUUAUUUUCAAAUACAAUUUAUUUUUGGGCUAGUUGUGGUCAAUUUGCAGUGCACACAAAUUAUCAUAAUUAUGUUCCGGCCCCCCGACCAUCUCUUCCAACAAAAAUCGUCCCGCUGCUGAAUCUAGUUGCCUACCACUGCCCUAAUUGGUUACUAUGCAUAUGGGUCCGGUAAAUGUCUCAAAUGGCCGGUAAAUAAAAAUCUGCCUGGUCACAUUGUCCUGCGCCACAUUUUCCUAAUGGAAACCCUGCUUCAUUGGUGACCUCUCACCUCUUGCCUUUAACAUCUUAGCCCCUCCCCCUCUCUCUGCAGUAUAGAGCGUAUCAUCACGCCCCGCCUAGCUCUGACAUCAGCAGAGUAUCUGGCCUAUCAGUGUGAGAAGCACGUCCUUGUCAUCCUGACUGACAUGAGCUCCUACGCAGAGGCGCUACGAGAGGUAUAACACACAUGCAUGUGCGCACGCACACACGCACAUAAAUGCACACACACACACACACACACACACACACACACACACACACACACACACACACACACACACACACACUGAGGUGCUACGAGAGGUGAGACAUCGCCACAGCAAACAUAAACAUUAUUACACAUUAAAUCAAUGAUAACAACUAAAUGUCAUCCCCCCCACCUCUCAGGUCUCAGCGGCCAGAGAGGAGGUCCCAGGUCGUCGUGGUUUCCCAGGCUACAUGUACACUGACCUGGCCACCAUCUACGAGAGAGCUGGUCGGGUGGAGGGACGCAACGGCUCUAUCACCCAGAUCCCUAUACUAACUAUGCCCAAUGAUGGUAUGUUUAUCACCCAGAUCCCUAUACUAACUAUGCCCAACGAUGGUAUGUUUUUCACCCAGAUCCCUAUACUAACUAUGCCCAACGAUGGUAUGUUUAUCACCCAGAUCCCUUUACUCACUAUGGCCAACGAUGGUAUGUCGAUCACCCAGAUCCCUAUAAUUACUAUGGCCAACGAUGGUAUGUCGAUCACCCAGAUCCCUAUACUCACUAUGGCCAACGAUGGUACAGUGGCUUGCGAAAGUAUUCACCCCCCUUAGCUUUUUCCUAUUUUGUUGCCUUACAACCUGGAAUUAAAAUUGAUUUUUUGGGGGUUUGUAUCAUUUGAUUUACACAACAUGCCUACCACUUUGAAGAUGCAAAAUAUUUUUUUGUGUGAAAGAAAUAAGACAAAAAAACAGAACUUGAGCGUGCAUAACUAUUCACCCCCCCAAAGUCAAUACUUUGUAGAGCCACCUUUUGCAGCAAUUACAGCUGCAAGUCUCUUGGGGUAUGUCUCUAUAAGCUUGGCAAAUCUAGCCACUGGGAUUUUUGCCCAUUCUUCAAGGCAAAACUGCUCCAGCUCCUUCAAGAUGGAUGGGUUCCGCUGGUGUACAGCAAUCUUUAAGUCAUACCGCAGAUUCUCAAUUGGAUUGAGGUCUGGGCUUUGACUAGGCCAUUCCAAGACAUUUAAAUGUUUCCCCUUAAACCACUUGAGUGUUGCUUUAGCAGUAUGCUUAGGGUCAUUGUCCUGCUGGAAGGUGAACCUCUGUCCCAGUCUCAAAUCUCUGGAAGACCGAAACAGGUUUCCCUCAAGAAUUUCCCUGUAUUUAGCGCCAUCCAUCAUUCCUUCAAUUCUGACCAGUUUCCCAGUCCCUGCCGAUGAAAAACAUCCCCAUGCUUCACUGUGGGGAUGGUGUUCUCGGUUUGAGAGGUGUUGGGUUUGCGCCAGACAUAGCGUUUUCCUUGAUUGCCAAAAAGCUCAAUUUUAGUCUCAUCUGACCAGAGUACCUUCUUCCAUAUGUUUGGGGAGUCUCCCACAUGCCUUUUGGCGAACACCAAACGUGUUUGCUUAUUUUUUUCUUAAAGCAAUGGCUUUUUUCUGGCCACUCUUCCAUAAAGCCCAGCACUGUGGAGUGUACGGCUUAAAGUGGUCCUAUGGACAGAUACUCCAAUCUCUGCUGUGGAGCCUUGCAGCUCCUUCAGGGUUAUCUUUGGUCUCUUUGUUGCCUCUGAUUAAUGCCGUCCUUGCCUGGUCUGUGAGUUUUGGUGGGCGGCCCUCUCUUGGCAGGUUUGUUGGUGCCAUAUUCUUUCCAUUUUUUAAUAAUGGAUUUAAUGGUACUCCGUGGGAUGUUCAAAUUUUUGGAUAUUUUUUUAUAACCCAUCCCUGAUCUGUACUUCUCCACAACUUUGUCCCUGACCUGUUUGGAGAGCUCCUUGGUCUUCAUGGUGCCGCUUGCUUGGUGGUGCCCCUUGCUUAGUGGUGUUGCAGACUCUGGGGCCUUUCAGAACAGGUGUAUAUAUACUGAGAUCAUGUGACAGAUCAUGUGACACUUAGAUUGCACACAGGUGUACUUUAUUUAACUAAUUAUGUGACUUCCGAAGGUAAUUGGUUGCACCAGAUCUUAUUUAGGGGCUUAAUAACAAAGGGGGUGAAUACAUAUGCACGCACCUCUUUUCCGUUAUUUAUUUUUCGAGACGUUAUUUUUUUCAUUUCACUUCUACAAUUUGGACUAUUUUGUGUAUGUCCAUUACAUGAAAUCCAAAUAAAAAUCCAUUUAAAUUACAGGUUGUAAUGCAACAAAAUAGGAAAAACGCCAAGGGGGAUGAAUACCUUUGCAAGGCACUGUAUGUCGAUCACCCAGAUCCCUAUACUCACUAUGGCCAACGAUGGUAUCUCAAUCACCCAGAUCCCUUUACCCAACGAUGGUACUGUACGCACAUGUAUUGCUUACCUGACUGCUCAAAUAUGGACAGUCUUUUACUUUCUUCCUCUCUCUCAAGUGAUGUUGUGAUGUUCUGACACUCUCCCUCUUUACCUCUCUCUCUUGCUCUCUCUCUCUCUCAGACAUCACUCACCCCAUCCCUGAUCUGACAGGGUACAUCACUGAGGGACAGAUCUACGUGGACAGACAGCUGCACAACAGACAAGUAACACCACAGAGACACACACAGCAAUGUGGCUGUUACCUUCAAAAGCGCCUCUGGGCAUUGGCAGGAUUCUAGUGUCUGGCAAAUCGAUUCUCUCAAGUGUUGUUGUGAUGUUCAGACUCUCUCCCUCUUUACCUCUCUCUCUCUCUCUCUCUCUCUCUCUCUCUCUCUCUCUCUCUCUCUCUCUCUCUCUCUCUCUCUCUCUCUCUCUCUCUCUAGAUCUAUCCUCCCAUCAACGUUCUGCCAUCGCUGUCUCGUCUGAUGAAGUCAGCCAUCGGAGAGGGGAUGACACGCAAAGACCACUCUGAUGUCUCCAACCAGCUGGUAUACACGCGCACACACACACACACACACACACACACACACACACACACACACACACACACACACACACACACACACACACACACACUGCUCAACAACGUUAGACACCUCUGCUAGAAAACAUCUGUGAUUGUGUGUGUGUGUAGUAUGCGUGUUAUGCUAUAGGUAAGGACGUGCAGGCGAUGAAGGCUGUGGUGGGAGAGGAGGCUCUGACGCCUGAUGAUCUUCUCUACCUGGAGUUUCUACAGAAGUUUGAGAAGAACUUCAUCGCCCAGGGUACACUGGGGCAUAGGGGGGGUGGACAGGGGGACUGUGUGUGUGUGCCUGCCUGCCUGCCUGCCUGUGUGCGUGUUUGAGUGUGUGCGUGAGUGUGUAAUCUCUCUCUCUCUGUUCUAGGAGCCUAUGAGAACAGGACUGUGUUUGAGACACUGGAUAUCGGCUGGCAGCUGAUGAGAAUCUUCCCCAAAGAGAUGCUGAAGAGAAUCCCUCAGAGCACCCUUGCAGAGUUCUACCCUCGCUUGAAGUAA